GGGGUUUGUGUAAUUAUAUACCAGGUAAAGUUUUAUUAUGAUGAAGUGCUCGAGCGUGAAAAGAGUGAACUUUGGUGACAGUGAACGGAGAUGAAUCUCCCGGAGGACUGUGAGUCUACUGAAGGUUGCAUUUCCAACGGAAACUCGAGAGUAGACAAGUAUGGAUUUGAGUAUUCUGAAGAGUUUAACCACGAAUCCUAUGAGGAAAUGAUGUCUGAGUAUUUACCAGUGCUUGCCAGAAGAUCAGAAAAAUGGUCCAGGCUUUUAAAAGAAAACACUAAAGUGGAUAAGAAUCUGAAAGUGAAGAGGUAUGUGAGGAAAGGCGUCCCCAGCAAACACCGUACUCUUGUCUGGAUGGCUGCCAGUGGAGCCCAGCAUCAUCUGCAGAUGAACUCUGGUUAUUACCAGUCUCUCCUGAAGGUUCACCAUGACCCCACGCUGGAAGAGACUAUACGCACAGACUUGCACAGAACCUUCCCAGACAACAUUCAGUUCCACGACUCCUCACAGCCUUGUUUACUGAAGGCUCUGUAUAAUGUUCUUGUGGCAUACGGACACCAUAACAAGGAUGUUGGAUACUGUCAGGGAAUGAACUUUAUCGCAGGAUACCUCCUUAUCAUAACUAAAGAUGAAGAAAAGUCCUUCUGGUUAAUGGAUGCUUUGCUGGGUAGAAUCUUACCUGAUUACUACACCCCGGGCAUGCUGGGUCUAAAGACGGACCAGGACGUUCUUGGAGAGCUGGUAAAGACUAAGGUGCCUGCAGUGUGGCAGGCCAUGAAUCAACACAAUGUGAUGUGGUGCCUGGUGGUCUCAAGGUGGUUUAUUUGCCUUUACAUUGACGUUCUUCCCAUGGAGACAGUGCUGAGAAUAUGGGAUUGUCUGUUCUAUGAGGGUUCUAAGAUCCUAUUCCGUGUGGCCCUCACGUUGAUUCGUCAAAACCAGAACCUAAUUCUGCAGGCGCAAAAUCUUCCAGACAUCUGUGAGCGUUUCAAACAGAUCACACAUGGGGAGUUUGUGGAGAACUGUCACGCAUUCAUGCAGAACAUCUUUACGGAGCCUGGGAGUCUCUCCAUGGCAACCAUCACUAAACUCCGAGAAACAUGUCGAGAACGCAUACAAGCUCAGGAUUCUGGACGAUAAUGGUGAUAGUAUUCUGCAUUCCCUGCACAAGUGACAGUGUGAAUGCGGAUAGCGUGUUGGACCGAAUUCAACAUGAGAAAUCUCACAGGUCAUUCAACUUUUUUCCUUUACUUUUAUUUAAAAAAAAAAAAAAAAGUACUUCUCACUAUGAACAAUGAUUACCACUGUGAUUUUAUAUCUUUAUAUACCGUGGCUUGUAUAAGUACCCCCUCCCCAUCUACUUUUCCAUAUUUUGUAGUGUUAUAACCUGUAAGUAAAACUUGACUUCAUUGGGAUUAUAUGUCAUAAAUCAACACAAUUAACCAGAAUACUGAAGAAAAAAAAUAGACUUUGCAAAAUUAUUUACAAAUAAAAAUAAUGUUUUCUUUACUUUUUUUUAUUUGUUGCGAUUGCAUAAGUACUUACCCUCAUCGUUGUGAAACCAAAAAAAAAAUCGUUUCCAGUGAAACCGGUUACCAUCAAAAAUCCCGUAAUUAGUUGAAUAAAGUCUACCUGUGUGCAAUGAAAGCGUCACGUGUUCCUGGACUGCCCUCGAAUUUGUUCGAGACCGUACCAAAAUGAACAGCAUCAUGAAGACUAUACAAGCUAUUACAACAAGUCUGGGACAAUGUUUGUAGAAAAUUAUCAAUUAUAGUUUAGUUAUAAAAAGAAAUAUCCCAAACUUUGAACAUGCCACAGAGCACCAUUAAAUGUUUUUUUUUUUUAAAAAUAGAAAGAAUAUGGCACAACCUCAUGAACCAGUGAUGGUCAGUGACCACAGGAGGGCAUUAAUCAGAGAAGCACCCAAGAGGCCAAGAGUAACAGUCAACAUGAUGCUACCACCACCGUGCUUCACUGCGAGGACGAUGUUCUCAGAUGUUCUCAGCGUUGGGUUUCUGCCAAACGUAGCACUUUUGCUAUAAUCAGACCAGAGUCGUGUCCCCCCCCCCGUGUUUGCUCAAUCUCCAUCUGAGUGUCUUGGGGGGAAAAAAAAUUCCAAAUUCAUUCGACACCUCUUCCACACAACCCAGCUUUGUGGAGUGUUCAUGCUAUGGUCCUGUGAACAAUUUCUCUUCUCUCCUUACAGCUUUUGAUAACGGACUUAACCGUGCUCCCCAGGAUGUUCAAAGUUUGCGAUUUUAAACACAAGGGUGGACUCUUGCACAUGUUCAACUAAUUAAGUGACUUCUAACGGCAGCCGGUUGCACCACAACUAAUUUAAGGGUUUCACAGAAACCUGGGUGAAAACUUAAGCAAACACAACUUACAUUUUCUAUUCCUAAAUAACUUUGUAAACUAUACUUUUUAUUUAUUUAAGAUUCCCCCUUAAAUAUGACGGGUGAUUCUGUGAACACUUAUGUAACGCACUAUACAUGAUAAAGAAAUGCGAUUACACCAACCAACCACUUUUUUUCCCUUUUAUUUGUCAUUGCAUUUAUAAAUGGACACAUUCUCUACUGUUAUGCAACACCUGAUAGAUAUGAAUUUUAACAUCAUUCUCGUUCAACACACAUUACUCCAGAGCAUUUCACACUAAGGCCAAGUUGCAAAUAAGAACACUAAACACAUCAGCAGAAGCAGGUAACAUAUUCAUGUUCAGUGCACUGUAUUCAUCAGUUCAUUAUAUCAACACUCACUCUCUCCGUCUCUCAAGCUUUAAAUGCUGCUUAGUCCCACACGCAGGAUGAUCAUAAUACUUCACCUCAAAACGUCACAUUCACAGUAUGAAAAGGAUAACGAUUAGUGUUCAUACUGUGAGUGGGACUUUAUUGUGCAAUAUUAAAUAUAUAAGAAGUUUACCAGUUGAGUGGCCACUGAUUUCUUGCAUUCCAAAGCAUGCUGGGUGGAGGGAAGCAGUCUUAAUGUUUAACACUAAAUGGUUUACGGUUUGCUAAUAACAUGUGAGCUAUGACUAGUGACCGUGAGGAAAAUAAAGCAAUCAAACGUCCUUGUUAAGCCAACCAUCACCGUGUUUUUCACAUGAACUCCUCCAUGCUACAGAUAAUUCUUGUAAGAUUUAUAAAUAAUAACAGGUUGGAAAGAAUAUGACCAGUGUACUCUUGCAUGAAGCACCUUCCAAUGGAGGAUGAUGGGGUCUGAGAGGUAUUGAGAAAGGCCUCAGUGCAGCGAAUACAGCCUUGAUAUCAACUUACAUACAGUAUGGAUUACUCAAGGCUACCUGUGCAAUUCCACACCGUUACAGCACCUUAAAGAAAGAAAAUAAUCGUACAGACGGACUUCAGUGCAAGUCUACCAAUUGUGUGUCUGGAGUCCAGCAACAUGGCAUCCUUGCCAUCCUGAGGUACAGUCUGAAUCAUGUCAGUGG